AUGGCAUUGAGAAUACACCACCUUCAAGUAUCGCAAUCCGAGCGAAUCGUCUGGCUGGCCGAGGAGCUGGGCAUCGACUACGAGCUCGUGCUGCAUCAAAGAGACCCCCUCUUCUCACCACCGUCCAUCAAAAAGCUUUCUGAGAUCGGCCAGGCUCCCAUUAUCCAGGAUGGCAGCCUGACGCUCUUUGAGUCCGCUGCCUGUGUCGAAUACAUCAUCCACAAACACGGGAAUGGUCAGCUGGUAGUGAUCAAAGACCACCCCAGGUACUCCGACUAUCUGUACUGGUUCCACUUCGCCAACGGCACCCUGCAGCCGCACGUCCUCAUGAUGCUGCAGAUGUCCCGCGUCGGCACGGCGGGGGCCUACGCGGCGACUCUGGGGGAACGCUUUAACAAAAUGCUGGCGCGGAUGGACGCCCGGCUCAGGAGUAAUACGUGGCUUGCUGGUGACGAGUUCACAGCCGCCGAUAUCAUGACCGUCUUCACGCUCACAACCAUGCGAUCGUUCUAUGCGUUUGAUUUGACCGGGUACGAGGGUAUCUUGGCGUACUUGCAGAAGGUGGCGCAGAGGGAUGGGUACAAGAGGGCCCGGGCGAAGGCGGAUCCGGACCUGGAGUUGAUGAUUGAUGCCAAGCCUCCAAGGUCGUUCGUGGAGAAACUGAAGGCGGAAGGGAAGCUAUAG